CUAAUGUUCAAAUCACAACUAAUCUUGGUGUUUUUCCAACAGAUGGUAUAUAAGCAAGAAGGUGCAUCAUAUCCUUACGUAACACGAGCAAAACUAAACAAGGAUUUUGAUGUUGGAAUGCGGCCACUAGGUGUGGAAUUCCAUCGACAAGCAACUGACAGGUACAAUGCGUCUGGACUUCCUGAUGAGGUGGAAGUAGAUUGUGAAAAUAAUGCUGAAGAUGGUAGUUUACUAAAUGCUAAAAAGGAAGAAAAACUGCAAUGCCCUGCUUGUUUUAAAGAAUUCCCUUUAAAGGAGCAUCAUCUAUUAGUUGAGCACAUGGAUACAUGUUCAUAGAUUUACAGUUGUGUUCUGGUUCUUUAGUUUACAUUUAAUAUAAAUAUGUUUGUACAUAAUGUGUAAUAUAGAUGCUCUCACGGUGGAAUAAAUCGGAGAGAACUCAUGA